GUCAUUUUUUUUAUGUUUGUUUCUCGCACGUUGCUUUUUUGCUUUAAAAUAUUGUUUUUCCAUUAAAUUGUGGUUUUGUAACCGCACUAAUAGUAAUAAUUAUAUGAGUUCUAAACUUGUGAUACUGUUUAAUGAAUAACUUUGAUAGUUUGAUUCAACAUAAAUCGCCGUUUCGCUAGUGAAGAACUGUGGAUCUUUAUACCGGCAAAGCGUUUUGCUAUAUCUUUAUGUUAUUACUUGUGUUGGUAAAGUAUUAGUAGUUCCGAUCAUAUUUGGUGAAUCUGAAAUUCCAAUAUGGAUGUAGCAGAUACAUUUGCCACACAAAGCCAAGUAAAAGAUGAAAUUGGGGUUAGAUGCCAAAAACUAUUUCAGGAUUUUCUUGAAGAGUUCAAAGAAGAUAAUGAAAUUAAGUAUGAGAAACAGGCAAAAGAGUUGAUUAAACCUGAACUUAGCACACUAGAAGUUAGUUUUGAUGAUGUUGAAAAGUAUAAUCAGAAUCUUGCCACAACAAUAAUUGAAGAGUAUUACCGUAUCUACCCGUUUCUUAACCAAGCAAUACUGAACUAUGUUUUAAGUCUUGCGGAGAGUAGAGACAAAAAAGAUUUACAGGAUAAAGAAUGUUAUGUGUCAUUUGUGGAUGUUCCUACUCGGCAUAAAGUUAGAGAGUUGACGACAGCUAAAAUUGGGACACUGAUCAGGAUAUCAGGUCAGAUAGUGAGAACACAUCCGGUGCAUCCCGAGCUGGUCUUGGGCACCUUUGUCUGCUUAGACUGCCAGACAGUUAUCAAAAAUGUUGAACAACAAUUUAAGUACACAAUCCCCACCAUUUGCCGUAACCCUGUGUGUGCAAACCGUCGCCGUUUCAUGUUGGAUGCGGAUAAGUCCGUCUUUGUGGACUUCCAGAAGAUCCGCAUACAGGAGACUCAAGCAGAGUUACCCAGGGGAUGCAUACCUCGCUCCCUUGAAGUCAUAUUGAGGGCAGAGGCUGUGGAAUCAGUACAGGCUGGAGACCGCUAUGACUUCACAGGAAGUCUGAUUGUUGUCCCCGACGUGGGAUCACUAUCAUUCCCAGGGGCCAAAGCGGAACUCACAACACGCACGAGACAGGCCAACGAGGGCCAGAUGGAGGGCAUUAAGGGACUGAAAGCGCUUGGUGUGAGAGAGUUACAUUACAAGACCGCGUUCUUAGCAUGCAGUGUACAAGCGAUAUCGCGUAGAUUUGGUACAGCUGACAUGGCGACCGACGACCUCACCACUGAGGACAUGAGGAAGCAAAUGACUGACAAAGAGUGGGACAAGGUAUACGAGAUGUCGAGAGACCGUAAUCUUUACAAUAACUUAAUUACAAGUCUGUUCCCAAGCAUUCAUGGCAAUAAUGAGGUCAAGAGGGGAAUUCUUCUUAUGUUAUUUGGAGGCGUCGCAAAAACUACUGUUGAAGGCACGACCCUCCGCGGCGACAUCAACGUGUGCAUAGUGGGCGACCCCAGCACCGCCAAGUCGCAGCUGCUGCAGCAGGUCAGCGACCUCGCGCCGCGCGCCGUCUACACCAGCGGCAAGGCGUCCUCCGCGGCCGGCCUCACCGCCGCCGUCGUGCGGGACGAAGAAUCGUUUGACUUCGUGAUUGAAGCGGGCGCUCUGAUGUUAGCCGACAACGGGGUGUGUUGUAUAGACGAGUUCGACAAGAUGGACCCCGCUGAUCAAGUGGCCAUACACGAGGCUAUGGAACAACAGACUAUAUCACUGGCCAAGGCCGGUGUCCGGGCGACCCUGAACGCGCGUACUUCCAUCCUGGCGGCCGCCAACCCCGUGGGGGGCCGCUACGACCGCGCCAAGUCUCUGCAGCAGAACGUGUCUCUCAGCGCGCCCAUCAUGUCCAGAUUCGACCUGUUCUUCAUAUUGAUAGACGAGAGCAGCGAAAUGGUGGAUUAUGCGAUCGCGAGGAAGAUUGUAGAUUUGCAUUGCAAUAAAGAGGAGACGUAUGACUGCGUGUAUUCUAGGGAAGAUCUGCUGAGGUACAUCGCGUUCGCGAGGUCGUUCAAACCGAUUAUUACCGAGGACGCCGGCAAAUUAUUAGUGGAAUACUACACAGUACUCCGGGCGAGAGACGGCACCAGCGCCGGGGCGGGGUCCUGGCGGAUCACCGUGCGGCAGCUGGAGUCCAUGGUGCGGCUGGCGGAGGCCAUGGCCAAGAUGCACUGCAGCGGGCGGGUCACCGCGCAGCACGUGGCCGAGGCCUAUAGAUUACUGAACAAGUCCAUCAUUCGAGUGGAGCAGCCUGACAUCCACUUGGACGAAGACGAGCCCCAGCUCGAACCCACCAUGGAAGUUGACGAAGAAGUACCUGCUACCAACGGUACCAAUGGCACCAAUGGUCAAGUGAACGGCGACUCAGCUCCAAAGAAGAAACUGACUCUUUCCUUCGAGGAAUACAAAGCGCUCAGUGAUAUGUUAGUCGUGUUUAUGAGGAAGGAGGAAAACGAGGCUGAAACCAGAGGAUCAGAAAGUUCCGGCAUGCGCAAGAGUGCGGUAGUGAGCUGGUAUCUAGAACAACUGGUGACGCAGGGGCGCAUCGAGAACGAAGACGAGCUGCUGGAGAGGAAGACGCUCGUCGAGAAGGUCAUUGACCGGCUCAUGUACCACGACCAAGUAAUCAUCCCCCUAUCGACGACGGGCCUCAAAGCGUCUCAGAAGUCUUCAGACCAAGAAAUAGAAGACGACCCGCUGCUAGUGGUACAUCCCAAUUAUGUCGUCGACACGUGAUCUUUUAUCGAUCUGACCUGUAAGCUAAGCUUCUUUUUUUUUAAUAAAAUCAUCAGAUUACCUA